AUGGCUGCAGUCGAGGAAGUAGCCUAUCAUGGAACUUGGAAGAUAAUUGAAUGUGUAUCAGUGGCGGGAGUGGUUGAAACGACAGGCAUAGAAGGAACUGAAUUUAUUCUUGAUGAAAAUGGUGAUGUCUCCUGGCAAGUGGCUGAUGAAGCCGAGCCACUUCCAUUUUUCCACUGUGAAACUUACGAGGUUUGUCCAGCCUCAGUAACAGAACCUGCGCUGUUGAAAUUUAUAGGAACCUAUGCUGGCUAUGUAGUUGAGUUUAAAGUGGACAUCUCUGACGACUUGAUGUUACUGACAUAUGAAAAAUGCUGUAUGCUGCAAUGUCAGAAGGUCUCAUCAGGACCGAGAAAAGAAGACUCACCAUAUUCUUUUCUUAGUGCAUUGGAGCAUGGCUAUUUCACAGAUCUCACUCUUAAGGCAGAUAAUGGUAAAGAGUUCAAGGCUCACACAAUGAUCCUGAAGCUGAGCUCCCCAGAGAUAGACUGGACAGCUCCCAGCACACCCCUGUCUGGUCUGCCUGAAGAUGUGUUGAAGGUAACCCUGCACUAUCUCUACGCUGAGUGUCUGCCCCGUGGCCUGUCAGAGAGCACCGCACAAAAGUGCUGUAAGCUGGUGGGGAAACUGCCAGGGUUUGCCAAGUUUGGACAGUUGUGUGAAACUUUUUUAAAGAACACAGCCCUUACACAACAAAUGAAGACACUGGUAUCAGAUAUUCACACCUGCGCAGAUAAGAUCAAUGAUCUGUUUGGUAGUGCCAUAGGCGAGGAUGGUAAGGAGACUGUAACACUAGAAGGAACGAUGUGGUCAAAUCCAGCCAAGCUGUGUUACACUGUAAGACAAGCCUUGAGAGAAGUGGCUGUAGCUUGUGCCAAACUGGUUAUAAUGUGUGAUCUGUUUUCUAAGAGGAAGUAUGAACUCUCUAGGGAAGAAAGAUAUGAAAUAAUGAAAUAUGUUAAGUCUAGGAUACCUGUGUUUAUGAAGCAAGUGCUGACCUUGCUGACCACAGUCAAAUCUCACCUACAGGCCCUCACACAACCACAGAGGACUGAUAUAGCAGCUUAUCUGGUCCCAGAGAUGGAAACCAUUCUAGACACAAUGUCUAGGUUUGCCAAUGAAACAAAGUCUGCACUUGAACAGGCUAUCACCACAAGUAAUGAAAAAGUUGUUGAAAAGGGAGAGAAGCUAGACAAAUCAAAACGUAGCAGUGUAGGAGAUGCAUUAGGACGAACUCUAAAGCAUGCUUUACAUUUAAAAGAAUUAAAGAAGCUCAAACACUUUCAUGACAGGACAACUUCAAGUUUCCAACACUUACGACAGAAGAGGGAGAAUUUCAACAUGAAAAGUCAGCCAGAUAAAGUGAGGUCUGUGUCCCAGUCCUUAGUCCACCUAGUUGAUGAGUUCCCAUCGUUUGUUAUACGUUUGAGAGAGAUCAUAGCAGCCUUAGAUGAGAAGGUCACAUGGAAGGAGUGGAAAUACUUGUUCAAAAUGGCUACCUCUAAAGUUUCUUGGGGACUCGCUAAAGUCCAGUCCCACCGUACAGCCCUGCAGCCUAUGAUUGAUGAGAUGUGUGACAUUGUGCGCAGUGAGCAGUUUGUUGCAUCACUUGUGACCCUUGGCUUAAAACUGCCAGCUGACCACCCCUCACCUGUCCAGAACAGUUCAGGGAAAGAUGCCCUGUUUUCUGCUGCAGCUGGGCACACAACAAAAUAUGCUCAGCUCAGCUGUGUGGACUCCCUGUGUGUAUCUCCAACUGCCAGCCAAAGUUGUACAGCCAAAAGAGCCUUGGAGUUGUUUAGAGCUUGUGAUGACACUGACAUGGUCUUUGAGGUGGUCAGUUUGCCAGAGGGAGGUGAUAUUAUAAUUGACCACACAGCAAGCCAGGCUGACGGCUGUGCUGGGGCAGAGAUGGCUAAAAGCUCAGGGCCCGAGGCUCAUGAUGAGGUCGAAGUUCACGAAAUCCGAGCGCAUCGUGUGGUCGUGGCAGCACGGUGUGACUGGUUCAGGCGGGCUUUGCUGAGUGGGAUGAAGGAAGCCAUUGACAGAAAAAUUAUUGUACAUGACACAAAUCCUGAAUUAUUUACUCUGUUUCUUGAAGCCUUAUACUCAGGACAUUUAGAUAUUACUAGCCUUAAUGCUGAACAGCUGGCAGAUAUGAUGACACUCUGUGAUAGAUACGAGAUGGACAGCUUAAAGCAGGUGUGUGAGCAGGAACUCAAGUCUCACCUGGAUGAGGAGAAUGCACUGUGCCUUCUGAACCUUGCUGACCACCUCAAUAGCAGAAAUUUAAGGGAUUCAGCUUUAAACUAUGUUGUUGAGCAUCAAGACAUCACCUUCAGUGAAGUGUAUGAUGAGUUACCUGACCACUUGAAAGAUGAGGUACAGGAUGCAAUAGUUUGGCAGGGCCUAGAGCCAAGAACCCAGUCAUCACAAGGCCACCAUUUAGGGACCCCCAGCUCCACAUCUAGUCUCAGUGAAGUGGAUGAACUGGUAGCAAACAUGGACUUGUCACAGGAGAGGGGUUUGGACCUGUCAACGUCCAGCUCCUUUGAUGACCUACAGUUGGUGGAAGAUUCAGCCCGGCUGGACGUGUGUGUGAGGAACUUGAGGGACAUCGUUGGUGAGAGUGUCCCUGUUGAGGAACUGACCAGGAUAGCCUUUGCUGCUGACUACGAUGUAAACAGGGCCCUCAAUUUCUUCUUCUCCUCUUAGCAUCUGGUGUUGAGGUUCUUCUUUUUCACUCACUGUGUUCAAAUACAAGGAAUAAUCUGGCAUUAUAUAUUGUUUGCAAACAUUUUUUAAUGAGUUAAGUAAAUUUGUAUUGCAAUGUAUAUUUAUCAAAAUGAUAAUCUUAAAUUGAUGUAGAGUAAUUUUUAGCCUUAUGGAAACAUAUUGUAGCUCUUGUCAAAUAAUCCUCCUGAUAUUGUUAUAGCCUGAAGAAUUUUUAUUUUUAACUUGUAACUUUUUUUUUCCUAGUAUUAAAAUUUUUUCUGAAAGUGCACUUUCCACCUCAUCUGCCAACAAAUAUCCCCAGCAACAACGUGGAUGUCACUAUUUAUUUUAGCGUAGAACCACUGUGUUCUUCUAGUCUACUCCCCCACAACACAUUUGUUUAUGUAUUGGGUCCCCAUUUCAAUUUUCCAAACUGAACAAUAUGUUUUGUUGAAGGUUUAACAUAUAUUAUUAAUAUAUUUAAAACUGAGGUAUUUUUUAAACAUAUUUUCUUUAAGUUACAUAAAUAUGAUUUAACAUACAUUUUAAAUUACACAUAACGUAACAACAUAGUAUUCACGUUGCUGCAAAUUUUGACUGUAGAGCCUGCCGGUGUGGUACCCCUAUAAAGAUAUUUGAUAACUGUUUGAUGAUCUCCUGUACAUGAAUGUUUAUAUUUUUUGUUAUAUGUACUGACAUGCAACACAUAUUCAUGUAAUAUAUCUGGCUCUUAUCUGAUGGUAUUUUUUCCCAUGACAAAACUUGCACAAAUUGCUCAUGUCGAGGGACUAAAUCUGUGUGACUGACUCACCACCCCCCACACUUACUUGUUUAAAGUAGUCUUGUUGUCUAUCGGAGAAGGGUAAAAAUAAGAAAUUCUCAGUCCGCUUAGAACUGCUCUUGAACUGUGAAGUGGUAUUACAUUCAUUGAUUUAAACAAGAAAUUGAAGAGCCUAGUGUUAAAAGAACUUAAGUCAGAUUUUUGUGAAAUCUAACAAAGCACUGGUCAUUAUUCCUCUAAGAUGACUCUUUUUUUGUACACGUAUUAAUAGUGAAGUAUUCAUUUAAGUGCCUCUCUUGCAAACAAACACAUUUU